CUUUUCCCAACGAUCUAGGGACAGGCAAAGGUAUGAGUGGCUCCAAGGCUUGCCUUUAUCUCUUACCCCCGGUCGUCCAUCGCUAGUUAUCGCUCCCCUCCGCCCGUGAUCAAGUAACAGCGAACUGUGCUCUCAAGGGACCGGAUUUGGGAAUUGCGCUAUGGCCAUGCGAUUAUUUGUGGUCCCAAUCUCCACUCGAAGAGCCCUGAUCUAUGCCCGACUCUUGCGCAAGGAUGUUUCGAAGGAGCGGUCUAUCCUAGACCGAGUCACGGACAAGGCUGCGGAAACCUGGGCGAAAUGGGAAGAGGCUGAUAAAGGCUGGAAAACGUGGGUGGUAUCGUGGGGAAAUCGAGUCCAGCAACGCAUACCUUAUGAAGAAUGGGGACUGAAAAGCAUCCCGUCGCUUAACUUUCAACGUCGAAUUGACGAGUCACAUGGGUCGAAUAAAGUGGAAGUCUUGUUCCCAGGCAAUGCGAUUAAGGAGGAGAAACUUAUUCCCAUGCUACACAAGCUCUCAAAGGAGCGACAGGAGUUACAUAAACGAAGGAUGUGGUGGAGCUUGAUUGCAGCGCCCUUUACAGCGCCAAUUGGGCUCAUCCCCUUAAUACCUAAUAUCCCGUUCUUCUAUCUCGUUUACAGAGGCUGGUCGCACUGGCGAGCUCUGAACGGCUCUAGACAUCUGCAGUUCCUUGUCGAGAAGGAUUUAUUAAAGCCAAUAUCAUACUCUGGACUCGUGGAACUAUACGCGAAGCGCGUCUCGCGCACGCUAGAGGAGUCGGAUCGCGAAGACCCAGUCGAGGAAAUGGUGGAGGAUGUUGAGAAAAGUGAUGACAAGAUAUUGCUUCGCAUGAAAGAUGCAAAGAAGCUUGCGACAAUCCUUGAUGCACCCGGACUUGCAUUGGAAGCUGAACGAGCCAUCGCACAAGUCUCCGAGCAGCUCAAGCAGCCACACUCGACUCAACCAGGGAAAGAUAGCGAGAAGACGACUGAAAAGAAGCAACAAUGACGAAUUGCUUAACUAUCGAGAACAUGGAUGAUUCUCUAAGAUUUAUAUACCGGUGCACGAUGGAAUUUCAGCAAUGUAAACUAGCCAACAAUAACAUAGACAAUCAUGACUCGCU